AGUAAUAGUAUAGCCGGUUUAUGUUUAUAUUGGCAAACUGAGGGGCUUUAUUUGAGCUUCACGGAUCUAUAGCAAGCAAGCUUUCGUCGUGAGCAAGAAAACUCGCGAUUCAUCUCUGUUCUUCCUCCAAUUUACAACUCUCUUCUAAUCCUUGUUUCGAUUUACUUCAAUCAUCAACCAUGGUGCUCGAGGCGACGAUGAUCUGUAUUGAUAAUUCUGAAUGGAUGCGCAACGGAGAUUACUCACCCACUAGGUUCCAGGCUCAAGCUGACGCUGUUAAUUUGAUUUGUGGCGCUAAAACUCAGUCUAAUCCAGAGAAUACCGUGGGUGUGUUAACAAUGGCUGGAAAAGGUGUUCGCGUUUUGGUCACUCCUACUAGCGAUCUUGGCAAGAUCCUGGCUUGCAUGCAUGGUCUAGAAAUAGGCGGUGAGAUGAACUUGGCAGCUGGCAUUCAAGUUGCCCAGUUGGCACUUAAACAUCGCCAGAACAAAAAGCAGCAACAACGGAUAAUUGUGUUUGCAGGAGGUCCUGUGAAAUACGAUAAGAAAGUAUUGGAGAUGAUCGGAAAGAAGUUAAAAAAGAACAGUGUAGCUCUUGACGUUGUGAACUUCGGUGAAGAAGAUGAAGCCAAGACCGAAAAGCUCGAGGCUCUCGUUGCUGCUGUAAAUAAUAACGACAGCAGCCACAUCGUUCAUGUUCCAGCUGGAUCUAAUGCACUCUCUGAUGUCCUUUUAAGUACUCCAAUCUUUACUGGUGAUGGAGAAGGCGGAAGUGGUUUUGCAGCGGCGGCUGCAGCAGCGGCAGCUGGCGGUGUAUCUGGUUUUGAUUUUGGUGUCGAUCCGAAUCUGGACCCUGAACUUGCACUUGCUCUUCGUGUUUCAAUGGAAGAAGAGAGAGCACGCCAAGAAGCUGCUGCUAAAAAAGCUGCAGAUGAUUCUUCAAAGCAAGAGAAAGAAGGCGCGUCUACCUCACAAGAUGCAACUAUGUCUGAAAAUGUUGCCACCUCAGCUUCUGAAUCUGAGAAUAAAAAAGAUGAUUUAAUGGAUGAUGAGAAUGCACUGCUGCAGCAGGCGCUUGCGAUGUCAAUGGAUGAUCCUGCUACUACCGCUACCGCAAGGGACACUGAUAUGUCGGAAGCGGCUGCUGAUGAUCAAGAUUUGGCACUUGCUCUACAAUUAUCUGUGCAAGAAGGUGCAAAAGAUCAAUCAGGGGAGACAGAUAUGGGCAAACUUUUGGCAGAUCAGUCUUUCGUGUCAUCUGUUCUUGCUUCCCUCCCAGGAGUUGACCCGAAUGACCCUUCGGUCAAAGAUCUACUUGCUUCCAUGCAAAAUCAGCCUGAGAAGAAAGACGAGGACAAGGAAGAGGACAAGUGAUCUUAUAUGCUCUUUAAUCAGUAUAAUCCCAGGUUACAAGUUUUGCUGCAUUUGGUGGAGAUCUAUUGGAUGAACUGUAUAAUGGGAUAGAUUACAAUGUGUUAAAGAGAAUACUUUUACCAUGGAUUUGUUUCAACUUUUGGUGCUUGUUUAUGAACUUAGUCAUGCUAUUUGGAUAAUCAAAGUCUUCUCUUAGUUCUUAUUUGUAUGUUCUGAAAUGGUGGGACUUAUUUCUUCUUUUAAGAGGAUGAAAUAAAAGUUACUCAUGGAUUGAAACAAAA